UUACAGAAGAAGAGUGUGCUAAGGUCUCUACAGAGUCAAAGAUAAAGUCAAGAAAAUGUCCAAAUCAAUAAUUAAAGCCUUGAAUUAUAGAGUUUUAAUCAAUUUUCUGAAAAUCUAAAACAGCAGAUCAUAAAGACAGGAUCUUAAAGAGAGUCGAUAAGAUUUUCAUCAGUACUAUAUACAUAUAUAUAUAGAUGGAGAGACAAAUAUAUACAACAUAUAUAUAUUAAUAUAACAAUGGACCAUAGUUCAAUUGAAAUGUCACUAUUAUCAUUUAGUAGCCUCUGCUCCUCUUUAUUAGGAACCUUACUUGUGAUAAAACCACCAUGUAAGAGAGCUCUAAAACCUCUGAAACUAUUAUUUUCAUCUUUUAUCUGUCUGUCCUCUAAAUUCACUUUCAACAUCAGAGAGCCCUAAGCUUAUUUUUUUUUCCUUUUCAUUCAGACACUUAUUACACCAAAAACCUUCAAUGGCAACUUAAACCAAGUGAGUUUCUUUGUAUUUUUGCUACUUCUCUUUCUCCCUCUCUCUUUCCCUUGAACACUGAAGAGCCUUAAGGUCCAUCACAUGAUAGAGACAAGCUCUUCUGUUUAUAUAAGAGACACCAACACUUAAAUACCAAUUUAAGCAGGCCUCAAAAGUAUGUAUAAGAAUCAGUUGCAAGAGCUAGCACAGAGAAGUUGUUUCAAUCUCCCAUCAUAUACAUGCACAAGAGAAGGACCAGAUCAUGCUCCAAGAUUCAAAGCUAGUGUAAACUUCAAUGGUGAGAUAUUUGAAAGCCCAAGCUAUUGUUCCACUCUCAGACAAGCUGAGCAUUCAGCUGCGGAAGUUGCUCUUAGUGCUCUCUCUUCCAAGGGUCCUUCAAAAUCUCUAACUGCUAGGGUUCUAGAUGAGACUGGGAUCUACAAGAAUCUGCUUCAGGAGACAGCACAUAGAGCUGGUCUUGAUUUACCGGUUUACACAAGUGUGAGAUCAGGACCUGGUCACAUCCCAACAUUCUCUUGCAAUGUGGAGCUUGCUGGAAUGAGUUUUAAGGGAGAAUCAGCAAAGACUAAGAAGCAAGCUGAGAAGAAUGCAGCCAUUUCAGCUUGGUUCUCCUUGAGAAAAAUGCCAAGCUUGGCCCCACUGAAAGGUGAAGAGAAGGAACAAGAGGUAGUUGCAAGAGUCCUCUCAAGAUUUAGACCCAAAGAAGUCAGAAGAAGGGAACCAAACCAGUCAAGAAGAAGAACAGUCAUCAGAACAAUUCGCCAAAACACAACAACCACAAGAGACUUGUUGUGUGAGAAACUCAGAUCGAUCAAUCUGUAUACCAAUGAAGCUUCAUCUUCAUCGCCCUCACCACCACCGAGAUUCUGGCCUUCAAGAACAAAUCUCCCACAACAAGAAUCCAAAGUCAAAUCAUUGCUAGAGAAGUGUCAAGAAUAUGCAGAGAGGAAACAGAGCCUAGAUGAUUCUGUUCCUCCUAAGCCAGAGUUGAUAAUCAAAUCGUCUACUUUACCAUCAUUAUCAGUGGAGUCGAGAAGAAACAACCUUUUGCCCUUUCCAAGUUUUGGGUUAAACCAUCAGAAACUGGCUCCAGCUGUUCGCAUCAGAUCAGUGAUCCCAGUUUGUUCAGCUCCUCCACCAAAACCUAACCCUAACCCUACAAAUCCAUCGACACCAUCACCGUCCACCACAAGGGAGAGAGCCAAGAGAAGUCUCUGAGAUGCAAGAUUAUCGAAUUAGGAUUAGAAUCAAAAUCUUAUGAUUAAAGGUCGUGCCUUUAGAUAAACCCAUGAUUAAAGGUUGUGUCUUUAUAUUAACCCAUGUCAAGGAUUUGACUGUAGAGAUUAGAGAAACGGGUAAAAAAAGCAGUCAUGGGUUUCAGUAUGUUCGUGUAAACUUUGACUUUUUUUUUGGAGUUUUAGUUUUUUUUUUUUUUUUUGAAUUUUUACGGCCUGACAUGAAAUCAAUGUUCUGAAUUGCACGUAGAACAAAAAAAAAGGGAGAGAGAGAGAGAGAGAGAGCAAUAAAUGAAAGGAGAGUGUGUGGGGAGGGGAGAAGAAGGUGAAAUUAAUGGCGUUUGUUUUUGGCCAUUAAUGCGCCGAUUGCUCUGCUUCUCCUUCUUCUUCAUUCAUUAAUUGGGCUCUGUAACAUCUGUU